AUGGGGUUCCAGCGCGGCGCUCUAGAUGCGAACCCCACGGGCAGGUCGACCUCACCAAUUCCAAGCACCGCCAACUGGCGGUCCUCAUACAUCUCGACAAAGUCAACCGACGACGCGACACUCAGCAGCCGGGCCGCACCAUCUUCAAACAACAUGGACCCGGAAGCAGAACGCUCCAGGAAGCCACAGUGGCUCAACCAGAUCAAGGACUGGCUGUCCGUCAGCGAACCCUCCGCACAGGCGAUGAAGGAGCAGAGGGACAAGACGUACAAGAAGUUCGGCGUCGACGCAAAGGACCCCCGGGCGGCCGCCAAGCUCCACCUCCCCAUCGGCAAGAUCCCGUCCGGGGCGACGACGUCGACGGCGGGGCCCGCGCCGGAGAAGGCGCUGCUGCGGACCAUGAGGGAGAAGCGGAGGCGGCGGUCGUAUAUGAGCCUGAACGACACGUCGUGCUCGCUGAGCAGCCGCGGGUCCGAGGGGUCGAGCGAGCCUAACCCGGUGACGCCCUGGGAUCCGCGGUGA